CGGAAUUUGAUUCUCACUCUCAUAAUUGCUCAUAAUUUCUCGCACUAUUCCUCAAUGACUUAAUAACGAACGGGGACUGAUACGUGAAUAGUGAUGCCAUACACGCCAUACACUACCCUUGUGACACUUGAAUAUUUUCCUCUACAAAAAAUUGUAGAAUCAAGACGCAGGUGUAAUUGUAAUUUAAAAUUUCAGCCAUCAGCACAAUCGCCCUGCCCCGCGUCUCGCGUUUGGUCGGUUUGGUCCGCGCACGUAAUAAUUUGUAAGCAGUUAUCUUAAUUUGUAAUCGCUGGAAGGGAUGAAAGACUGACUCACGCUAAAUACAAUGAUAGCAAUAGCAAUAGGUGAAUAACAAUAUGAAUAAGUGUAGUAGAACAAUAGUGGAACGCAGUAUUAUUGCGACCAUCUGACAGCGAAAAUUACGCGAUACGAAUGUGUAAAAAUAAAGUUCUUUCACUCUUAUAUGUCACAUAAUAAGUAUGAAGUUCAACGAGAAAGAACUCGCGGAAGCGAGUAGUGGACCUGCCGACAUCGAAGGCCGUUUGAAUCAUAAACGGGCUCAUAAAUCAGGAUUCAAAGAGAAAUGGUUCAAGUUAAGAUACAAUUUGUUGUUUUAUUUUAACAUCAACGAGUUAGGACAGAUCGACGACAGGCAACCAGCGGGAGUAAUUAUUUUAGAAAACUACAGUAUUAAUCUUGAUGCUGGCACGACGGAGGGCGUGUUCGCGUUCAGCAUAGCAUUUCGCGAUGAAUACGAGAAAAGGCAUGUGUUGAGUGGUCGUUCGGAAUCACAAGUGGAGAAGUGGGUGAACGCAUUGAAACAGGCCAGCUACGAGUAUUGGAGGUUUCGUUUGAUAAUGCUUCAAGAAAAGUUGCUCAAAAUAACAGGGAAAGAUCCGUUACUCGUCUAUCCAAGAAAUCAGGGAAUCAUUCGAGACGUGGCAUGGGAACCUGCGUCAACUUUCCGAUCUCAUGUACGCUCUUUCACUACAUCCUUUAGUUCAUCGGUCGUAACAUCGACAGCUUUAAACACAGUGACAAAAGAAAUGAAUUUAAUCGAGUUUUAAGCCCCGUGCGCGUCUUGUCUGAGGAGGACGAUGAUUAAAAGCAUGAUCGUGUAGCGGAUUCUAAUUUUCAACACAUUGUGUCAUAAAUCUUUAUCAUCUUCUGUUUCAUCGUCAUCGAGAGUCAACUACUUGUACAUACAUGUACCAACAUAGAUAAAUGUCUUUGUUGUUUAAAUAAGUAACCGAAGAGUUACCUAUACUCCGUACCUCGUUUA